ACUUUUACGUAUACUAGUUGAAUUUUAACCGGAUUGAUUUAUCCUUGAUUAUAAGUAUGAGAAAUGACAGAGAAGACCAGCCACUGGAAUAACAAGCAUUGCAUUUCACCAAGAUGGCUAUGAAAUUGGCUUCAGUCCUCCUGCUGAUGCAACUGAGUGGUCACUUUAGCUCUGGGACUUGUGGAAAGGUGCUGGUGUGGCCCACAGAAUACAGCCACUGGAUGAACAUGAAGACAAUCCUGGAUGAACUUGUCCAGAGGGGACAUGAGGUGACUGUAUUGACACAUUCUGCUUCAAUUCUCGUUGAUCCAAAACAAAAAACCAGUAUUAAAUUUGAAGUUUUUCCUACGUCUGUAACUAAAAGUGAUUUUGAAGAUAUUUUCAUACAACUGAUCGAUAAAUGGAUAUAUGAUCUUCCAAAAGAUACAUUUUGGUCAUAUUUUUCACAAGUACAAGAAAUCAUGUGGAUAUUUUAUGAAAUCAUGAUGAAGAUCUGUAAAGAUGCAGUUUUAAACAAGAAACUUAUGACAAGGCUACAAGAGUCAAAGUUUGAUGUGGUUCUUGCAGAUGCCUUUGGUCCCUGUGGUGAGCUGCUGGCUGAGAUACUUAAAACACCCCUUGUGUACAGUCUCCGCUUCUCUCCUGGCUACCAAUAUGAAAAGUCCGGUGGAGGACUUCUAUUCCCUCCUUCCUAUGUACCUAUAGUUAUGUCAGAAUUAAGUGAUCAAAUGACAUUCAUGGAGAGGGUAAAAAGUAUGAUAUAUGUGCUUUAUUUUGAUUUUUGGUUCCAAACAAUUAAUGUGAAGGAGUGGGAUCAGUUCUACAGUGAAGUACUGGGCAGACCCACUACCUUCUAUGAGACAAUGAAGAAAGCUGAUAUGUGGCUUAUUCGAACCUAUUGGGAUUUGGAAUUUCCUCGCCCACUCUUACCUAAUGUUCAUUUCGUUGGCGGACUCCAUUGCAAACCUGCCAAACCCCUGCCUAAGGAGAUGGAAGACUUUGUCCAGAGCUCUGGAGAAAAUGGUGUUGUGGUGUUUUCUCUGGGGUCGAUGCUCAGUAACAUGACAGAAGAAAGGGCCAAUGUGAUCGCUUCAGCCCUUGCCCAGAUCCCACAAAAGGUUCUAUGGAGAUUUCAUGGCAAGAAACCAGACACCUUGGGACCCAAUACUCGGCUGUACAAGUGGUUGCCCCAGAAUGACCUUCUUGGUCAUCCAAAAACCAAGACUUUCAUAACUCAUGGUGGAACCAAUGGCAUCUAUGAGGCCAUCUACCACGGGGUCCCCAUGGUGGGCAUCCCUUUGUUUGCGGAUCAACCAGACAACAUUGUUCACAUGAAGGCCAAGGGGGCAGCUGUUAGAGUGGACUUCAACACAAUGUCAAGUGCAGAUUUGCUCAGUGCUUUGAGGACAGUCAUUAAUGACCCUGUGUGAGUAUAUUUAUUUUUUUGCUAG